UUCUGUCCAUUACCUUUUGGCUUGAUAAAAAGACAAGCUAUGGACAAGUGGAGCUUAAUGACAAUUACUGUUUUACUGGCACUUACAGUACGCUGGACCGUAUCGCUUGGGUCUUAUUCAGGUGCAGGAAAACCUCCAAUGUAUGGAGACUAUGAAGCUCAGAGACAUUGGCAAGAAGUUACUUACAACUUACCCAUCAGACAGUGGUACUUCAAUACAAGUGAUAAUAACCUGAUGUACUGGGGCCUUGAUUAUCCACCUCUUACUGCCUAUCACAGCUUGAUGUGUGCUUACAUUGCAAAGUUAAUAAAUCCUGAUUGGAUUGCUCUGCACACAUCUCGGGGGUAUGAGAGUCAGCCACAUAAGUUAUUUAUGCGUACAACAGUGUUUGUUGCUGAUUUGCUGGUUUAUAUUCCUGCAGUUGUUUUAUAUUGUUUUUCUUUGAAAGAAACAUCUACUAAAAAGAAGGCUGCCAGUGCUCUCUGCAUACUGCUUUAUCCAGGCCUCAUUCUUAUUGACCACGGACACUUCCAAUACAACUCAGUGAGCCUUGGCUUUGCCUUGUGGGCUGUGCUUUGUUUGUCCUAUGACUGGGACCUUCUGGGGUCACUGGCAUUUUGCUUGGCCUUAAAUUAUAAGCAAAUGGAACUCUACCAUUCUUUGCCCUUUUUUUGCUAUUUGCUUGGGAAGUGCUUCAAGAAAGGACUGAAAGGAAAGGGAUUGGUAUUGCUAGCUAAAAUAGCAGGGACAGUGGUGCUUUCCUUUGCUGUCUGCUGGCUGCCCUUCUGUACCAACAUGGAACAAAUCAUGCAAGUACUCAGAAGACUCUUUCCCAUUGACCGAGGCUUGUUUGAGGAUAAAGUUGCCAAUAUUUGGUGCAGUCUCAGUGUCCUUGUAAAGAUAAAGAAUAUAGUCACACCUCAUACUCAGCUAAAAUUCAGUUUUGCUGUGACCUUCCUGAGCCUGCUUCCCACAUGUAUAAAGCUGACUGUGCAGCCUUCUCUCAGAGGGUUUAAAUUUGCUUUGGUUAGUUGUGCAUUGUCGUUUUUCCUGUUCUCCUUUCAAGUCCAUGAAAAAUCUAUUCUUCUCGUGUCACUACCUGUCUGUUUGAUCAUCAAUGAAAUCCCAUUCAUGGCCACGUGGUUUUUGCUUGUAUCAACAUUCAGUAUGUUGCCUCUCCUGCUGAAGGAUGGCCUGCUGCUGCCCUAUACCAUGACCUCGCUGGCCUUCCUCUCUGUCUGUGUGGCUUCCUUCUCCAUAUUUGAGAAGACAUCAGCAGAGGACCUGCAGCUGAAGCUAUUCCUCCUUUCCUUCAGGGGAUAUGUUUCAUGGGUCAAGUCAUUUCCCAAGAUUGUCAAAAUCCUGUUUCUCCUCUCAGUGACGCUAAUGGCUGUCCUGUCUCUGAUGAGUGCUACAGUGAAUCCUCUACAGAGGUUACCUGAUUUGUUCCCUCUGUCCGUGUCCCUCAUUUCCUGCUUACACUUCAUGUUAUUUCUGGUGUAUUUUAAUGUUGUUAUAAUCUGGGACUCAAAGAACAGUCGAGGCUUUCAGAAGAAAAUCAUUUAACCUGCAAAGACCAAAGGCUAGACUGUGAAAGGACAGAGGAUUUGCAGU